CUGGCGGCCGCGGCGCUCAGCAGCACCCCCGGGGCCCCCCAGGCCAACCCCGCGCUCACCCUGGCCCUGCUCUGCACCCGCAAGCUGGGUGCGGGGCGCGCGGCCGUGCUGCUGCUGGCGCAGUGCUGCGGGGCUCUGCUGGCGGCGGCCGCCGCGCGCCUCGCGCUGCCGGAGGGCACCGGGCUCGUGCCCAGGGUGAGCGCUCAGGGCACGGCAGGACAGGCCCUGGCCUGGGAGACCUUGGCCACCAUCCCAUUGGCUUUGGCCACCUUCGCCUCCUCCUCCCGGGGCCCCCCCCAUGGCGGGGGGGGCCUGGUCCUGGGCAGCGCCGUGGCCGCCGGUGCCUUGGCUGCGGGACCGGUCUCGGGGGGCAGCUUGAACCCCGCGCGCUCACUGGGGCCGGCGCUUGUCACCGGGGUCUGGGACGAUCAUUGGGUGUACUGGCUGGGGCCGGUGCUGGGCUCGCUGCUGGCCGGGCUCUGCCACGAAUUCCUCCUGGCUCCCGGCGCUUCCCGGGACAAGCUCCGCUCCUGCCUGGCCUGCAGGGACGUGGCUCUGGUCGAGGCCACCAGCCCGGCCCCCUCCUCACCCCCCGCCCGCAGCCCCACAGCCUGAG